UCGAUCCAACUGCUGAGCUAGGACCUUGAUUCCGUGACCAUUCGCCGGAGAGAGUAUGCGCCGAAUUGCAACCUCCACGAACUCGAGAUUCAAUGGCCAGACAUGAGCGUCAUGGCGGAAAGAUCUCGAUUGCGAUGAUAUGCGACUUCUUUCACCCAAAUGUAGGCGGCGUGGAGAGCCACAUAUACAUGCUUGCAGCGGAGCUCAUACGACGUGGCCACAACGUCAUUGUCAUAACCCACAGCCAUCCCCCAGACAGGGUCGGAAUACGGUGGAUGCUGCCUUGCCUGAAGGUGUACUACAUCCCCUUCCCUACCAUCGCCUCGUCUGCGACCCUACCCAACUUCUUCACCUUCCUGCCCUACCUCCGCACCAUUGUUCUACGCGAACGCAUUGAGCUCAUUCAUGCUCAUGCGAGUCUCUCGAGUCUUGCUCACGAGGGCAUCCUUCAUGCCCACCUGAUGGGCGUGCGCACGGUAUUCACUGACCAUAGCCUGUUCGGGUUCGCAGACGCUGCCAGCAUUCUGACGAACAAGCUUCUGGAGGGCGCGUUGCGAAAUGUGGACGCAACCAUCUGCGUGUCGUACACCGGACGCGAAAACACCGUCCUACGAGGGAAUCUCAUGCCGGAGUCGGUGUACGUCAUACCGAAUGCGUUUGUUGCGGAGCAGUUCAAACCAGCAGAAGAACCUGUUCCAACGGACCCUAUGACCAUCGUAGUGCUGUCCCGAUUGGCGUAUCGCAAAGGAAUUGAUCUCUUCGUAGCCACUGCUCCGCGUAUCUGCGCUCUCUUCCCUCAAGUCCGCUUCGUUGUGGGUGGCGACGGCCCGAAACUCAUCGACGUCCUACAAAUGCGCGAGAAGCACCGCCUCCAAGACCGUAUCGAGCUCCUGGGGCCGAUACGGCACAGCGACGUGCGCUCCGUGCUCACGCGCGGCUCGAUAUUCCUGAGCACCUCGCUCACCGAGUCGUUCGGCAUCGCGAUCGUCGAGGCCGCGUGCGCGGGGCUAUACGUGGUCGCGACGCGCGUGGGUGGCGUGCCCGAGAUCUUGCCGGAGGACAUGAUCUCCUUCGCUGAUCCGAACGAAGAUGACGUCGUUCGUGCGAUCGCAGAGGCGGUCAAGAUCGUUUCGGAGGGCAAGCACGACCCGCGCAAGGCACACGAUCGCGUCAAGCGCUUCUACCACUGGGGCGACAUCGCUGGACGAGUCGAGCACGUCUACGAUACUGUUCUGGCCUCCACUUCGCGAUCGUUCUGGGAGAGACUUCAUCGGACGUGGACUCUCGGCCGCUUCGCUGGCCCCAUCUUCACCGUCAUCCUCAUCGUGGACUGUGUCUUCUUCGCAUUCCUAGAAUGGUGGUUACCCCGACAGUCGUUGGACUACGUGGACAGACAUUGGGAUCGGAAACGUUUCUUUGAAAUGGCAAGGGAAGCAGGUUCGCCCAGCGCAUCUACUCCCAAGAUGCCCGUCAAAGUGGCCAGUCAAGGCGAAGAUGUCUGCGACCCAGGAGAACCAACCCGCGGCUGACUAUAUCACCGCGCAGACGGCAAGAUCAGGAUCGAGUUUUCGCACCGGCGCUCAUCAAGGAAGGAUGACAACCAGGGGCCAAUUCAUCAUUAGGUGGUGGUGACGUCUACUGUCGAGAUAGGAUUGAAAGAUAUUGUGUGUAUAUACAGUCAUUUUCAGGGCAUAGAUCAUCGCAUAGUAAACAGAAGGAGUGCAUGAGAGGGUACGUAAGAUCGUGAACAUGUGAAUACAAUCGAGCAGCAACAGUAUCAGGUCGAAGGCGGAGGACUCCAGAUGAGGUACGCAGGCCUGGUAAGAGUGACAUGACCAGGAUAAACGUCCGUAUGCCGGAGUCGGCAGGGAAUACGUAUCGGGGCGGCUCCUGAGCGAUGGAGACUCGGGAAUAGUAUGUCUAGUUUGGGAAGCCCGGAUUCUGGUGUCUCUUCGCUGAGUCGUUCUUUUCAAUGUCCUCGAUGACUGCAAUAUCGGCUGUCCUCUUGAUGGCGACGUCGACUUCGGACCCCGCUUGUAUGGCUGCUAUGUAUGCCUUCAUUCGCACCAUGUUUAUAUGUAGCGUCUCUCCGGUAUGGACCGUGCGAUAGGCGGUGGGAACGUGCACAUCGCAUGCAUCACAGUAGAUAAAUCUAGGGUCGCUUGUUGCACGCUGUGGUUCGACGUGGCGCAUACGAAGAGCUUCCGCCUCGCGCAAAUGUUGUGGCGAGUCGAUAUGACUCUGCCACCUAUGGCCAGGCGUCAUCUUCGAGCACACGGUGCAUACCAGCAGUGUGUCGAAUCGCCCGAUCUUUCGCUUAUGCGCUUUCGUGCGGCGAUGUUUCUUGCCGUCGGAGGCCGGCACAGAGACCACACCGCAGUCCCGACAGAGUUCAAAGUCGUGUUCGUAAGGACACGGCUUCGUAGAGCAGAGGGUAGAGAGGACUUGCUGAUGACAGAGGCCGAGGCUAGCGAUGUCAGCC